AUGGCAGCAGCAGCGCGCAGCUGUCUAUACGCUGGCUUCGUGUCAGUGCCGGAGACGGAGUGGACAAAUGAAAUAAAAGAAACAGCAGAAAAGCAAAAGGGAGUAACUCUCGGUUUGCACCGGAGGCCCCCCUGGGCCGUGGGGGCCUCUGCAGCAAUUGGGGCUUCUGCUGCUUCGGGGCUGGUGGAUGAAGACGCCCUCGUGGACCCCAGCGAGACCUACAAACCCUUGGGAAAAGGCCGGAGCGACUGCGCGUCGCGGCCGCGGGCGUGCGCGAACUGCACCUGCGGGCGCAAGGAGGCGGAAGAAGCUGCAGCAAAAGAAGCUUUCAAAAAAGAACUGGAGACUGGAGCUGUGCGGAGUUCCUGCGGCAACUGCUACUUGGGAGACGCCUUCAGAUGUGCAGGAUGCCCCUACAGAGGGCUUCCGGCGUUUCGCCCUGGGGAGAAGGUAGACCUGUCUUCGGAGGCUCGGGGCGGCGCUGCUGCUGCAGUUGCUGCUGCUGCUGCAGUUGCUGCUGCUGCGCAGCCAGCAGCGGACGCAGCAGCAGCAGGCGUGACUGUCGCAAAGGGCAGCAACAAAGUUCUUUUGACUUCUCUGGAAGACGACAUCUGA